GAGGAGAGGGCGGGAAGCGAGAUCCGCAGAGCUGCGCCCGCGCCACCCCGGGGGCCAGCAGGAGCGCGGCGUGAGGACUGCGCGCCGCCCAGCCACCGCGCACUCGAGGGAAAACAGCCGCCGGCAGAGCGCGAGCGAAACCCAUUCUCCCGUUGCCCCGCCAGCCCUCUCGGCUGCCUCGCCUGCCUCCGGCGCGCUGGUUCUCAACGGCCACAGGCAAGCAGCAGCCGCGGCGCCGCGAUGAAGCAGCCGGGCACCAAGAAGGGGGGAUGCGACUGCAAGCGGUUCCUGGCGAACAACUGGCUCCUGCUCAGCACCAUCCUCGCCGUGGUCCUGGGCAUUGGACUAGGAGUUGCUGUUCGGGAAUAUGGCAAACUCUCCAGUCUUGACAAAUACUACUUUUCAUUUCCAGGAGAGGUUUUAAUGAGAAUGCUUAAGCUCAUCAUAUUACCAUUAAUUAUAUCAAGCAUGAUAACAGGUGUUGCUGCUUUGGAUUCUAGUGUUUCUGGCAAGAUUGGCUUGCGAGCAGUUGUAUACUACUUCUUCACUACAAUUAUAGCUGUAAUCCUAGGGAUCGUACUGGUUGUGACCAUCAAACCAGGAAUCUCCCAGAACGCUGAAGAAAUUGAUAGAAUGGGCAGCACACCUGAAGUAUCUACAGUAGAUGCCAUGUUAGACUUAAUUAGGAAUAUGUUCCCAGAAAAUCUUGUACAAGCCUGUUUUCAACAGUAUAAAACCAAACGUGAAGAAGUAAUUAUUACAAAUGAAGCAGACAAAAAUGGCACUGUUCCUACAGAAAAUCCUGUUACAACUGUAAUUCCAACAGAGACUUCAGAGAACAAAACAAAAGAAUACAAAAUUGUUGGAAUGUACUCUGAUGGCAUCAAUGUGCUUGGCUUGAUAGUCUUUUGUAUCGUCUUUGGAGUUGUAAUUGGGAAAAUGGGAGAAAAGGGACAAGUACUGGUGGACUUUUUCAAUGCACUGAAUGAAGCUACAAUGAGAAUAGUUCAGAUAAUCAUGUGGUAUAUGCCACUGGGCAUUUUAUUUUUGAUUGCUGGAAAGAUAAUCCAAGUUGAAGAUUGGGAGAUCUUUCGCAAACUGGGUCUAUACAUGGCUACUGUAUUAAGUGGACUUGCAAUCCAUUCUGUUGUAAUUCUGCCACUAAUAUACUUAAUAAUAGUCCGGAAGAAUCCUUAUCGAUUUGCCAUGGGGAUGGCUCAAGCGCUUUUGACAGCGCUCAUGAUCUCCUCCAGUUCAGCAACUCUGCCUGUCACCUUUCGCUGUGCAGAAGAAAAAAACCACGUUGACAAGAGAAUUACCCGAUUUGUUUUACCAGUUGGCGCUACAAUCAACAUGGAUGGUACUGCGCUGUAUGAGGCAGUGGCAGCUAUUUUUAUUGCACAGCUUAAUGACUUAGAGCUAGAUAUUGGCAAAAUAGUUACAGUUAGUGUAACAGCUACAGCAGCCAGUGUUGGAGCUGCUGGAGUGCCCCAGGCUGGACUCGUUACCAUGGUGAUUGUGCUGAGUGCAGUUGGACUGCCUGCUGAAGAUGUGACUCUCAUCAUAGCCGUGGAUUGGCUUCUGGAUCGAUUCAGAACAAUGGUGAAUGUUCUUGGUGAUGCCUUUGGAACUGGAAUCGUGGAAAAGCUCUCCAAAACUGAACUAGAGCAGAUGGAUGUCACUUCGGAAGUCAACAUAGCGAAUCCUUUUGCCUUGGAAGCCGCAACGCUUGACUGUGAUGAAGCAGAGACCAAGAAAUCGUAUGUGAAUGGUGCUUUUGCUAUUGAUAAAUCAGACACUGUAUCAUUCACCCAGACAUCACAGUUCUGAAGCAGAUAGACUGACAGAGGAGCAACACUGGAUUGAAGGACCUAGGAGCCCCUCUGCUGAACCACACGCUGAGCCCCUCACACGCCUGACCCCACCUGCUGUACUUUCUCCGUUGCCUGUAUUCCUGCGGGCACAGAAAGGGAGGCAUAUCCUUUGUCUCGCUAACCCCCGCUGCUGAAAUCUGCUACGGGCACAGCCGUUCUGCUCCAUAGACUUUGCAAGCUGUAUUCUGUAUUUCUCUACAACUGGGAAUAUGACUGCCAUUCCUUCCUAGUCAUUUUUUGGUGAGACGAAAGCCAACACGCUUUAACCUGUGGAGAUUUCUUCACGAGCCUCAGUGCAGAAAGAUAUAGCCUCGGCACAAGAGUGCUCUUAGACCAGUGCAAUGUGUCAGGGGAUCCAGCAUCACUGAGGUCCUGCACUGUAAUCGAUUUAGUAUACCCAGCCCUACUUACAUAGUGUCUCUGAGGACAUCAUCACGUAUGAAAUCAUUUAGCAAGCUAAGCAGUCUGUUCUUUGGAUACAAUGACUUCACAGAUUUCUCCCCUCAUAGUUUUCUCCAACAUAUGACCACUGUGGGAAGGUUUAUGAAAAAGACCGAUAGUUUUAUUUUAAGUGUCCUAUUACUGUGGUUUCUGGAUUCCUGCUUGCAGUGAGCAUGCUGAUACAUUGGAAUAAUGUAGGGAAGGAUAUGCUCUUUUCUGAGGCGAAGUGCAGUAUUUUUCAUCUCUCAGGCCACUGUUUUGUGCAUGGGAAUCUUUAAGAAAAAUAAAACCCUUCAGCUUACUUAUUUUAAUGCAUCUCAGACAUUGCCCUACAAAUGAUCCUGUGCCAAAUGUUCAUUCCUGUAGCUAAUUAAGUAACCAGUGAGCAAAAAGAGAUGAGAAUAGACCUGCAAUAAACGUUAAUUUUUUAAAAGUUUCUAUGUGCAUGUUUAAACAUGCUUAUGGAAACUAGAAGUUAUCACAUAAGAACUUAUAUUAAUUGUAUGUUCUUUUCCACCUUAAAUUUUACUCAGAAAACAUAACUGGAGUUCAAAGGCUAAGAUAAUCAGAACAGCUUUGCUGCAAAUUACAGCUCUUCUUGACAAUGUAGCUCUCUUUAUUUAUUAGUCCUCAUUUGAUGUGGCAAGAAAUAAGCUGCCCAUCUUUUAUUUUGACCCAAUAUUUACCAUCCACAGAAGAUACUGAGGUCAAAAAGAUAAAAAUAGACUGCAGAGUUUAUUCAUGCUAUGUCUUGCAGACACUUUAUGCUUAAAGAAAUACUGUUUUGUUGUACAAUUGCUAGUGGCUAGUGAAAUGUCAGUUUGCUUGCUUUUCAGUUUGUGAUUGAACCUGAAAGCUUGCAGUGCGGGGGGAAAAGUUGGCCCACAAAGCAAAGAACCAAACUUUUAGGAUCAGUGAGACCUCCACUUAUUGAAGUAUUCUACCACCAUACACCCCUUGUGUGGUGAAUGAAGGGUCGUAUUUACACAGUGCAAAGGAGUCAUGUUCUCACAUUGGCCACAUGAAUGUGGCACCUUCAUCAGAACAUUCCAUAAUGUAAAAUGUUUUUCCAUUGCCUACAUCAGGUAUUUUCAUGGUGCAUCUUUAUUCUCCUUCAUGACAAAAAUUAUGAAGUAUAAACUUAUUUUGCCUUGUUAUCCAUCUGACUAAACUGAAAUUCAGAAACCUAUAUUUGUAAAUAAGCUUCUGUUAAAGAAAAAAAAUUGCACUUAAUUACUGUCAAGAACUACAUACAUUUUGGUAGUGUUAGACCUAUUCAGUCCUACAUUUUUGUAUUCAAUAAUCCAGGAUAUGUGCCAAAGACAACUGAAAAGAACUCACAUUUUAGUGUAGGUUUUUAUAAAUUGCACCUUAAUUAAAUGAGUGGCAAUAUAUGUAUUUAAAUAAAAUAAGUUAUAAAUGCAGUGGACAUACCAAGUUCAAGUGUUGAUAUGUUUAUACAAAAUAAAGAGAUGUACAGUGUAAAUCAGUCCUUUAUCUUGUGCAAAGUUUUUUUUAAAAAAACAUUUGGACAGCUUUGCUACUCUAGAGAGUCCAUAAGGUACUUCUUAUACUUUCUUUUCAGCAUUCUUUUUGUAACCAGUUCAUUCUUCAUUGUACACCUUUCUUUCAUCUCAAUAAAUAUUUUGGUUGUACUGUA